UUCCUCUUCCUCUUCCGCUCUCCCUUCGGUCUCUCCUCCUCUUCUCUCUUUCUCUCUCUCGCGAUGCAAUGAUACGCGCCGGCGGUGGCUCCUACCGCAAUCGCCUCCCUUCCCCGCCACCGCCCCCUCCUCCGCCCCCGCCCUUGCCGCAGAACCCCUCCUCGUCGUCCACCCUCUCGCCUUUGGCUCGCCCUUUCACCAUCGACCACAUCUUCCACUCUUCCCCGCCGCCGCCCUCGUACCACCGUCUUCCCACCGUCGAUCGACCCUCCGCCUCCCUAUUGCCCUCCCACACCGCCAUCUCCUCCGUUGGCUCUCUCCGUACCCAACCGAGCACUGGACCCGUGGCUGACCCGUUCGCCCACUACUAUUCUAACUCGCAACCGCCAGCGAUUGUUGAUUCGUUCAGGCCCUCUUCUGCCUUCUCUGGAGUUGGGACGGACCCGUGGAACAGGCCGUUUGACGAGGAGAUGGGGCAUGGGAUGCGUACUGAUGCGGUCUGGUCGUGGACGGAACCGUCGUUAGGCUACAAGGUGCCACCUUUUCAAGAAGAACAUGCAGGCAAUGGCUGUAGCUAUUAUGACAGUGAUUCUUAUGGUGUUUGGCAUGGAAUACUUCCUAAUUCAGUGACAGAAAAAGUACACUUCAGAUCUCAAAGUCCCGAAUGGUUACACAAUAUGCAACCGGAGAAUUAUGAGCAAAACAUUAGAACCCCGAUCUCAGCACCAACUGCUUUACUUAAAGGAAUACAUUGCUCUGGGACAACAGGUUCAACUCCCGGGAUGGGUUCGCAUGACACUUUUGUUUCAAACUCCACUUAUGAUAGAUACAUGAAACAACUUGAUUCAUGUUCAGUGAUACCAUGUUCAGUUUCAAGCCAAAUAUUUUCACCAUCCGACUUAAGAGCUGUUUCAAAUGUCAAUUCUACUUUGUCAUAUAAGACGGUCCUUCAUGAAGUGCCACGUAAUACCAAUGAUUCAUCAACUAUACCUUCUAAGCUAAAGGAGCCUAACCUCAACCAAAACUUAGGGAGCAAAAGGAGUCAUGAUGAGCAGAGAGGAGAAGAUUACAGCCUAAGCAAAAGCACACCCUCAGCUGCAGAUCUUGGGGAAGAUUUUCCUUCCAGUACUAAUAAUGCUACUGACAGUCACUUGAAUCUUUCUGCGGCAAAAAAUCCUGGUUUGAGAUUAACAAAUUUGGUUAUUACUGAUGCUUUUCCAUCCAUAUGCAGUUCUGUGGAACCAGAUAAAUCCAUGAAAAGUUCUUCAGAAGCAAUUGACCAGCAUAGCCUUGCCGUUGAUUCACCAUGUUGGAAAGGAACUCCAUCUUCUCGGCAGGCACCAUUUCCUGUUGAUGAAAUGCUUGUUCAAACAGCUAUUGAGGAGUCGAAAAAUUAUGUCGGUCUUUGUCAAGAUCGAAGGCAACUUCUUGAGAGUGUUGGGAGGUCCAAGAAUCCUGCAGAACAAGAUGGGAACUUGAUUUUUGAUGAAAGGAAGAAAAAUUCUACUUCUGAAAAGCCACAAUGCUCAUCAGUUAUUUCACCAAUCAUACAUCAGAGACCUGAAAAUGUAAACAAAAAAUUGCCCAACUAUAGAAAAGAUGACAGUGAAAAUGAGAUCCUGUUUGAUGUUGUCUAUAGUGAACACAAAAAUAAAACAAUUGAAGUUGAGAGAGUUUCUAAAGUACAAGUGGGUGAUGCUGUCAAAUCUUUCGAAACAGAAAGUACUGUGGUCAAUAAAUUCCCACAAGCAAAGGGCAUUGAGGAUUACAACAAAGGCUCAUGUUCAUCACCACAGAAAAACACAAAGGAGCUUGUUAAGGCAAUGCAUGGUUCUUCAAUAAAGUUGUUGUGUACCAACUUUAGUGGUGAUGAUGAACUGGAACCACAUGACUAUCGGCUUCUCUACUCUGUGAUUAACAACAUUGCACUUGUUCUCAAGGACAAGAAGGGCUUUGUUGGUUGCAAUCCUCAUUGUUCAGGUUUGGAGGCUGCAUGGUCUUUCUGUAGAUGUUCAAAUACUGAUGAUGUAGACCAGAUCAACAUGAAGGGGAAGAUGCAUUCUGUUGGGCACAACAAUGUUAAUGAUGAAUUGCAAAAGGACAACAACACAAAUCUCAGGAAAGUCAAUGACAUUACUCAGAUCUAUGAGAAUGCUUUAUCAAAAUCUUUCUCUGAAAGAGAAGAAAACACACAGACACUGUUGUAUAAGACUCUCUGGAUAGAAGCUGAAGCUGCAGCUUGUAGAUUGAAGUAUGAACUUCAACUUACUCAAACAAAGACUCAAUCUGAAAACUUGAAGGAUUCACGAUCAGACACAUCAUCAAGCCUGCCUUUUGCCCAUGAUCUUCAGGGGCACAAGGACAAAGGAGUUCUGGUGGGUACUAUUUCUCCCACCAAAGUUAGCGAAGGGAUAAGUAAAUGUCAAAAUCCUCAUGAGGCAUCAGCAACCUGUGAAUCGAACAAGUCAGAGGAUAUUGAAUCAUCAGUUAUGACUAGAUACAAGAUUCUGAAGGAUCGGAGUGUCAGCUCAAGUUAUAGGAGCAUGGAGGAACUUGACCCAGAGGACACAGGAACAUGCUCAGGCACAAGAGAAGUUGUGUAUGGUUCUCCUGAUGUUGCAAAUACUUCUAGCAUAAAAGACCUGCCAGUAAAUCUUGCUGAUUUGGGAUUCAUGGAGAGUGUGAUGCAGCCGUAUGACGAAGACAGACCCACACCUCGGUCUUCGCAUUUGACUGCUGUGCAGCCACUUGGUGCGGCAAGUGACGAAGAACUCGGGUCAGGUUUGAAUAUUUCAGGAUAUGUAGAUGCGAAACGGAUGUUCUCAGGCCCUUUGAAUGGAUCACUGAUUCAGUCAUACAUGACAUACAAUCAGGGGAACUGGUCCCUCACCAGUGGAUAUGAAAAUUCCUCUUCCGAAUGGGAGCAUGUGCUGGGGGAGGAGUCCACACAGCAUUGAAAAAACGUUACUGUUACUUGAAGAACUGGAUAUAUUGUAAAUAAACAAUAUAACAUUUGGGGAUUGUGUUUGGAACAUGUGAAACUGCAUAUUGGAUAAUAUGAACAGCUUUAUACAAUCAAAUCAUUCAUUUGCUGUAA